GAGACGCCGUUUCUGCCUGUCGCAUCGUUCUGAAGUUCGGAUCCCGGCGAACUUCACGUUUCGGGAGACGUUGACUUCAUGGUGUGCUGUUCGAUUUGCGUUGUCGUUCGCAGACAGUAUGUCUUCUUCCAAGGGCGAGGUGGAGCCAACAAGGACCUCCAGGAAGGAAUCACGAAAAGAUUUCACGAGGCGGUCGUCUACUGCCACGCAGGGGUGGUCGAACCAUUCGAGGUCGAAAUGGUUCAUCGACUGGUGUUGUGGAGACGCUUCCAACCCCAUUGGGCAGCCAUGUGGUCCUGUCAUCUUCAUCGAUGACGGCAGAAGGCGUAGAGUGCUUGGUGUCGUCUUGCGGUGGGAGGACGCAAAAGGGGGCCGGCGACAUUUCUAUAUGCAGAAAGUUUAUGGCGCCAAGGGCAACGUCGUUGCCAAUUCGAAAGGGACGUUGUUGGACCACGAAUUGUGUGAGGGGUUCGGAGGGGGUGCUGUGAACACCCCGUUCUACAGAGACCUCGUUCUCGGGGGCGGUUUUGUUUUGGCGCGUGAAUUUUUUGACAUGUUGGAGGACAAAAACAUCGCUCUAGACGUCCCCUGCGACGUCAACCCAUCCCUGGAGCUGUCGUUGCCGUUGAAGCUGUGCAGCGGUUGCGAGUCAAGCGGGGCAGGGGCGGAGGGCGGUGAUCUGGGUUCUGGUCCCGCCACUCAGCUGCACCGUGGCGAGAGCCGAGGGACUCCCAUCGACGUCGACGUCGGGUACUUCCUCGAGUACAAAGACGGCGUUCGGACAAAGCGGGAGUUCGACAUUAGCCCUGCGCAGGUCGUCGACCUCGGGGACUGGGAGGACCUGUACAACCAGCGGUCCCUGGAUCCCGUGCUCGUGGAAGGGAUCAAAGAAGCAAUGCGGUUGGCGUUUGAAAACAAAGCGCAGUCUUACGAUUUACCAACCCUGAAACUGGCGCCGCUGGGGCUUGAUAAACCGACUCCGGGGACUAGGGCAGAACGUCUGAGACGGGAGGAUUGGAGGGAUGAGCUGGCGGGACAAUACUACUACUACGCGGUGUGUGGGCAGCACAACGCGGCUGCAGCGAGGUCGCUGCUCGGCAGUGAGAUGGCCAGGAAAUACAAUUUCGAGCGGUGGCCUGCACGAAUGGUCUACUUUUCGGAUGACGACUUCGAAGGGUACUUCCUUGUCAAUUCCCAGGACAACAAGAAGGACCUGAAGGCGCCCCCACGACAGCUGAAGUUGUCAAUGAGGGACAUUAGGUGGCAGUGGAAGCGCGCCGGUUGCCCGCGUGCCGUUAUGGGGAACCCCAUCGGAAAACAGGAUCAGGUCCGGAAGUGGCGUGAAUUCUGUAAUGUCGCACUCAACAUGACACCGCACAACAACUUGUGGAUUCUCGCAGAUCAACAGGGCGAGGAGGCCAUCAGGAAACAAGGCGCUGCCCUGCGUUCCUAUUUCCUGCUGGCGAUGGCAAGGGAGAACUGGAUCAUGCGGAAGAAGAAAGUCAAAAAUGUGAAGCCUGGGGUUGCAUACAUCCAUAAUGACAAGCUGGGCAGGAAGGAGGUCGUGUACAACGUCCCUGUGGAACCGCCGUCAAAGAAAGGCAAAAAGGAGAAAGAGGAGGGCGAGUGGUUCGUGCACGUGCCAGAGCCGGACGCGCAUUGUUGGAAAACGAUGGAGUCGCUGACAGACAACGAGAAGUGCCGCGUCCUGAAGAAGGUGCUCGCUUGCGAGGUGGUUUGGGUACAGGCCGUCUUCCCAGCGUUGGCGAAGCUCGGAAAGCUGAGCGUCCAGGAGGUGGUGAAUUUGGUGAAGUGCGACCGGGUGCUGGUGCGUCUGUGGAACUACUACCAGUUCAAGCACGGCAAAAGGCCGGACGCGGAUUGGAGCCAGAGGUUCCCGUUCCUGAAAUCAAGGUCCACAAUUUUCAGACAGUUUGAGAGUCGUGGUUUGGAUGCUGAGUUGUGGGACGGGAGCACGAAAUACGUCACUCACUCCUCGCUGUUCAAGGACUGCCCGCCCUACAUGGGCUGCGACGACGACAGAUCGAUCGAGGCGACGGAGAAGCUGACCGGUCACAAGAAGCUGUUCGUCGACUGGAGGAAUAAGGUCCUGUCCGUGUUGACUGGCAGUAGACUGAAGAGUCGAGAGAUCGCGCUCGCCGAAGGCAUUGUGCACAUAAAAUGGAAUGACACGGGCGACGUGACAUCCAUCGCGCCAUUCGGCAACGACCCCUUGGAGGCAGACAUAAGGAGUGCGGAGGUGAAGGAGGCAGUGGUUGCCACAAAGAGUCACACGUUCGUCCUCGAUCUGUGUGAACCGGUGGACCUGAAGCUUUGGAAACCGCAAGCGUUUGACACUCUGAAUUCCCAACUCCAAACGUGCUGGAAGUGGGUGAGGAGGAGUCAACAGAAGAAAAGCUUUCCUGUCGGGAACAAUUUGUACACGGAAGACGACCGGAUGUACAUACUCUUCAAAGACGACGAUUUGCGGGCCAACACGUCCGUCGUCUACGAGGGGAAACUGCCGGCAGGCGCCGCUGCUGCAGUGCGGGUACCACAGAAGGUUACGCAAACGGAUGUGUCCGACAUCCCAUUCAACGCUUGCGACUGGUCGCAUACCUCGCCUGCACGUCGGGGCAUUGUGUACGGGGACAUGGAAUGCAACCCCGCCCAUUUCGUUCAGCUUCUCGAAUCCAUCACCAAGAAGGGGGAGGGUGUCGUCUUCCUCGGGAAGCCACACGUGCGGUCAGUCUGGGAAGUACUGAAGGCAGGACGACACGACAUCGCGAUGGAAGGGAACUCCGAGCUCUUGCAAUUUACAAUUGAUCUCGUCAAAAGCGAGGUCAAUUCGGGUGCCCACAAUUGCGAGUUCAUGGUCGUCACCGAGACUCGGGCUCGCGCGUGGAACAACAAGACGGACAUGUGGUUCAAGUUGAGUGCGAGGAAGUGGAACAAGAUAUACGACUUCUUGUUCCUGCAAACGCGGCCGAAGAGAGACACCGACGCCGAGUACGUGCGCCGCAAGGACCACAUGUUCACGUUGCUCGACAACUACCACGGCGCCUCCCGCAUGAACGUGAAGACCUUCCUCGAGAGGUUGCAGUCCCUUUACUUCGUGGAGUCAGAGGAGGAGCUGACGUUCGGCAGUUACUCCUCCUUGAUCUCCACGGAAGACGAGGAGACCACCGGCAUCGAGUUCGACGCGACCGCGGACGAGGAGGGCAGCGACACCGAAAGCCUCGACCUGCAGUACGACCAACAUUCCGCGCAGCACGGUACAGGGUCGUCCUUGGCAGAGCGGACAGAGAGGACGGACGCGCAGAGCUGGUCAGGAGCGGGGGUGGCGAGUCCUCAUCCCAAAAUAGACAGCGGUGCGGUGAGGGACGGGACUUCGCCGCCUGCGGGGGAUCGCCAACCACUUCGGUCGGAGCGAGAGGGUGCGUGUGGAGGGCCUGGUGAAAGGGAGACGGCGAAGUUCGCCGGGAUCCGAACUUCUCCAGGCAAGGAGUGUGGAGGGCCCGGCAACAGGGAGACGGCGAAGUUCGUCGGGAUCCGAACUUCUUCAGGCAAGGCGUGUGGAGGGCCCAGCGACAGGGAGUCGGCGAAGUUCGCCGGGAUCCGAACAUCUUCAGGCAAGGGAGGCCAACCAGGGAUAUUGGUGCAGGCGGGAGGGGCUGCGUGCGGCGGGCGGGAAGCGCAUUCAUCGGGAAUCGACACGGGUUCAAGCGAAGUGGCUGCAUUGCAUGCAGGGGAAGAAGGCAGGGUGAUGGACAAAGAGAAGGAAGUGGAGGAAGGAGACACAGGGGAGGAAUUGGAGGAAGGAAGGGAUGAAGGGGAGGAAGAAGAGGAUGAAGGAGAGGAAGGGGAAGAAACGGAGUUGGCUGGGUUGCUAGGAAGGCAGGAGGGGGCAAAAGGUGAACUCGAUACAGGAGACGACGAACGGACUUUCGGCGACGAUGAUGGCAGAUCUGGGGAGUCUUCUGACGGAUUCGGGCAGCUGUACGGAGAACACCGCGAGGAAGACGAGGACGACGAUGACACGGCACUGAGUAUGGAGACACAGGUGGUCACAAGCCUUUCGGCAGAACGUGAUGACUAUGACGUCCAAGCAAUGACGUCUGCCGUCGAUCUCCAACACCGGUUCAACGAAGGUCGUGUAGCAGUCAGCCUGACUAAACCGAGUGUGCGUAUUGACAUCGAAGAAGUUAUCGACGGCAUCCUCGGCGACCACCAAAUGUCCGCGCAGCCGUCCUCGACGCCUGGUGUCGACGACCCUCUCGACGUCAAACCUUCCGGGGGAUCUGUCGUCGAUUUCUCGCCGACGAGCUCUCCGAUGCUGCCGCCAACCAUCGCCAGCGGAGGAGAACGCGGGAUUGGGGGACGACAAGAUGUCACAUCCCCGAAAAAAACUGUCGCCGACACUCGAGCUCUCGACGUGCUGGCCUUGCCCGCGCCAACUUCACCGAUUAAGGAGCGGAGAGACAAACCAGCUGGUAAGCAGUGACAAAUGCCACUCUGUCUGCGCGCCAGUGACCGCAGUGUCUGUCAAUGCACACGAGACAAA